GUUAUUUCAAAUUUGUUCUGUGCAGUGACAAGAAAUGAAGCACGUAGUCAUCUUUAGCGCGAUUCUUGUCGCUUUGACACAUUGUGUCAGUGCCGGUGAUGUUCCCUCACAGGAUAUCGCGAGCCCUAUAGAGGGAAGACUUGCUCCAGUCGAAGGUGAACGUUUUAUACUCAGCCUGACGAGUAUGAACUGGUUUGCUGCCUAUGGUUUUUGUAAUCAGCAAAACACCACACUUCUAUCACUGGAAUUAGGAAACACAGACAACAAAAAGACACAGUUUAAAGCUUUUAUCAACUUAUACCAUCUCCAAGAUCAUUCGUACUGGAUAUACGGUAAUCGGCUAGAAGACGAUGUAACCUUCCGUUGGGGUUUAGGUAGUCUACCAAUUUCUUAUACCGAUUGGUCUUCCGGCCAGCCAGAUAACUUUGGUGGACAACAACGCUGCAUAAAAUUAUUUACGAAUCUCCUGUGGGACGACGAAGACUGCUUUGCUAAAUAUUACGCUGUUUGUCAAAAGUAUUAAUUGUUGCUGGCUUUUAUAGCUUUAUUCCUAGUUGGAAAUGUCUAAUGUUCUAAAUGGAUAUUACUUCUAAACAGGGUUAAAAUACAUGAAUUAACUAUCUUAUUAAAAGCAUAUAUAAAUUAA